GGCGCUCGGGGCGGACACCCCGGGACAGACACCAGGGACUGCGCGCCUUCAUUCAGCCCGCUGGCAUGUUUUGAUUCCCUGAAAGUUACCGUCUGUGGACGAGCAUUACAAUGUCCAAUGCAACGCAGCACGCGAGCGGCCAGUGUGCUUUUCGUCGACGCGAAUUCGCAGAGCUGCCGACAGACAACCAGAGGAGAUGGCACGCGCCUCAACACGACCACGGCGCGAGGCAGACCGCACUCCAAUACCAGCGACACCAGGUCGAUGGCAGCCGGAGCCAUGAUCCCACCAUCGGAUGGCCCCACGUGGACGACCCCACCACCAGAGAGCCUCGAUUAGAUGACUGCGAACGGAUGGGCACCCUGUUCGGGAUGCUUAACAAGUGCCUACGGGGGAUGGGAUUCAGCCAGAUGUACUUUGGGGACAAGAUCGUGGAACCAGUUGUGAUCUUGUUCUUCUGGCUGCUGCUCUGGUUCCUGGGCAUCCAGGCCCUGGGACUGGUGGGAACUCUCUGCAUUAUCAUCAUCUACAUCCAGGAGUGAAAAGAGCAGAAUGUUUAGCAGAGCCUGCUGUUUUUCUUUGUUUGACGCUUAACAUAUGCAGGAUUUUGUACUAAUGGGUGUUUGGAUUGGAAAUCUGCAGUGGGCCUGCGCUUUUAGAGAGAGGGGGACAGGGGGACAGAGGUGCGAUUUUUGCUCUGUAGUGAUGCUGGCUUCAGCAUGUUUCUAUAAAAGGUCUAGAGUGUGUUCAGUCUGAGUAAAUCCAAACCGGGGUCCUUUUUUCAGGAUCGUCUGGUCUGGAGCUUCUAAGCCGUGCUGACUCGACGUAAACACAUUGAUUGGCUGAUUUAAAAAAGAACACAUUUUGGCAAACUCUUGCAUUUUUAUUGGAUCCCAGAUACUUAUGUUGAUGGCUAAUGAAUGAGAUCAUGUAAUUAUUGGUUUUGUUCCAAUGUUAGUUAUAUCCACUUAUGCAUAGACAUUGUGCAAUAGCUGCGAAGAUGGAUGCCACCGGCAAGACUUGGUUCUUAAUGGCGAUCAGUUCUACAUAAGUAAGCAGUCUAGGGCCACAGAUACACUGUGUUAUUAAUGUGGCUUCUGUGUCCUAUUGUGUGUAGACUUGACGCUCCAAUGUGACCUGCCUGAUCGGAUUAAUUUAGUGCUUAACCCUCCUGUUAUGUUCGUUUCUUACAUACAGCCGUGAUGUUCCCGGGUCAAUUUGACCCGGUUAAUGUUGAAUCAUCCAAAAGUGAUCAGAAACCAAAACAUUCUAAAAACUAUAGUUUGUACCUCAUCACCAACAACAUUACUAACAAUUAAAUCAGUUUUUAGUGGAAUUGAGUUAUUUGCCCCUCCAUAGAUCAGAGUUCAAUCAGGAUCACUCACUCGUUUUUAAUGAAAAAUACAUGUUCAAACUAUUUUUUAGGUACAUUGAAAAAAUCUAAAUCUAAAUUGCAUUAGUCUACCAUAACAUGUAUUUUCUCCUAAAUUUUAUUUGCAUUUUGUAAGUUUUUUUUUCAUGGGGUGAUGUAGAUAAAUAGAGAUGAGACACCUGUGCUGUUCAGGGUCAUAAUGACCCGCCCACUAAAAAUCAAGCCAAAUGAGUCAUAAAGGAUUUGUAUUGAAAGUAAACGUUAGUUAUGUUUAUUUUUAGUGUUAAGAUGCAUAAAUUAUAUGAUAAAAGAUGACCAAAGGCCAGCACACAGUCAUCCUCUUGGUGCAGUCGUAUGUAUCUGCAGAGUGUAAUGUUGUAGGACUUCUCAGCAACCAUUUUGUAUGUUUGGCCCUCCCCUGAUACGUGUGAGUGGAGUUUUCCCGCAGGGAAAAAUAAAGGUUCCCGUCAAAAUAGUAUCUGUAUUUCUCGCACAGGUGCGGUCGUUAGAAAGAGAAUGUGUGUGGGUCUGAGAUUGGGAUGAGACAGGGUGUGUGUCUCUCCCAGUCAGACAGAAAGUAUAUUAGAAGUACUAUACUACAUAUUUAUUAGUUGAGACAUGAAAGAAACCCUCACAUUAGUGUCCCAUGUCCAAUAAAGGUGUAUUUAGGGGGAAAGUUAGGAGAUGAUAAACAUGGUCUGUAAAGUGUGUGUUGGUGUCUGUGCGCGCGUGUGUUAGUGUGUGUGUUGGUGUGAGUGUGUGUGUUGAAACUUGGUGGGAGGGAGUAAGAAAGACUGCCCUACAUUUACAAAGAAAGAAAUAGUCUAAACGUGACUCUUUUGGUGACUUUUAGCCUUCACUUUCACAGCCGGGUCAAAUUGACCCGGGAACAUCAUCUCUGUUAUAUAAACCUACAGGGGGAGGUUGCAAAUACAUGAUAUUUUUUUUGUAUUUUUUUUUACGUUGAUUACACUAAAUAAGGUAAGCAGAAGAAGUUUUAUACAGAAAGAGUACUUAGAAGUAUUUUUCCUAGAUUUUCAAACUUUGAAACGGGUCAAUUUGACCCGCAACAUAACAGGAGGGUUAAAGGAAGGAGCUGUAAAACUCACAUCAUAACCUAACAAGUCUUCACAAUGAAAUAAUUUUGUUCAAGGCAUAUUAUUAUUAUUUAUUUUAUUAUUUUGAAGCAACAUGUCAAGAGAUGUUACGGUUUUUCCAUCAGCAGUAACUUAACACAACCCUCCAUAUCCUCUCCUUUUCUCCUGUGGAAUGUGUGCUGAUAAAUGUAAUUGUGUCCACAUGCUGUCCACACCGCGUUGAGAUCCCAACUCAAUGCGAGCCAGACCACCUCGGCAUGUGAUCUGGUCUGGCUGAACCGCCAGCGAGAGCAGACCUAGAUGGUGGGAUGAAAGUAGCCCUGGCCCCGCCAGCUCUCUCCGCUCUCCUCGUCUCUGGCCGUCUAGCGCAUCGCUAACGGAUACGGGGGGAAAGCAACACUGAUGAACAGAUUGCGAUCAACGCUUGGAUGUAAAACACAACCAGUGUGUGUGGUCUUCCAUUUAGUCUCUGCUGCUGUUGCCUCGACAAUCGGAACCGUACAGUGCUGACACUGACAUGUAUUAAUGCGUAGAGCCAAUCAGUGCACUGACAGCAUAUUAAUAGUAUCAUAUCACACUCAAUAUUGUUGUUUUGGUUCAGUUUGCAAGUCUCCUUAACAUUAUUAAUUUUAUUGUUUACCUGUCACUUUGGUUGAGUGUCAUUAACAGAACAUGCCUCUUGCUUCUUAAACAUAUCAGAUGGUCAUCUUACUCACACUCCUAUUGUUUAGGUCGAUAUAUCUCGUGAGCCUCCUCUGGCUCUUUGAAUCAAUGUGUCCUUAAUCAUAAAUGUACAAAUCCAAAGCUGAAUGUUCACACUCAGACUGAAGUGGAGAAAACUAAUUUACAUAAUUCUAGCAUACUGCUGCAAUUUAACAUUUAUAUUUACCGUACAUUUAUUAAUUAAUAUAUAUAUAUACAGAACUGACUCAUUAUCAGGAGAAAUGGCUGAAGUGUUUGAUUUUCCUGGUGGUCUCAGGUAGUCUUUGCAUAUUUCUUGUAUUGUGUAAAUGUGUAGGUGUCCACGUUAACCGAGCACACUGACCCGCUGCACGUGUCCUGAAGACACUCCUCAUUGUUUAGAAGGAGUUGUUAUGCCUAUCUACGAAGGAGAUGCUGAACAAGAAUAUGUUCAAUUCAAUUCAGUUUAUUUGUAUAGCCCAAUUCCCCAGCAGCUAUAAGCCUAUAGCAGCAUAUCAAGGGGCUGGACCAGGUGCACCUGAUUCAGCCCUAACUAUAAGCUCUGUCAAAGAGGAAAGUCUUAAGUCGACUCUUAAAUGAGGUGACUGUGUCUGCCUCCAGGACUGAAGGUGGAAGCUGGUUCCAUAAAAGAGGAGCUUGAUAACUAAAGGCUCUGGCUCCCAUUCUACUUUUUAAGACUCUAGGAACUACAAGUAGUCCCGCAUUUAGUGAGCGUAGCUCUCUAGUGGGGCAAUAUGGUACUACAAGCUCCUUAAGAUAUGAUGGUGCAUCACCAAUCAAGGCUUUGUACGUUAAGAGAAGAAUUUUAAAAGUGAUUCUUGAUUUUACUGCGAGCCAGUGCAGAGCAGCUAGUGCAGGAGUGAUGUGAUCUCUUUUCUUAGUUUUAGGGAGAAUACGAGCUGCAGCAUUCUGGAUCAACUGGAGGGACCUAAGAGACUUAUUAGAGCAGCCUGAUAAUAAGGAGUUGCAGUAAUCCAGUCUCGAAGUAACGAACGUGUGAACCAAUUUUUCUGCAUCUUUUUGAGACAAGAUGUGCCUGAUUUUUGAAAUAUUACGUAGAUGAAAGAAUGAAGUCCUUGAGAUUUGCUUUACGUGGGAGUUAAAGGACAAGUCCCGAUCAAAGAUAACGCCAAGAUUCUUUACAGUGGUGUUGGAUGCUAGGGCAAUGCCAUCUACAGAAACCACAUCACCAGAUAAUUGAUCUCUGAGGUGCUCAGGGCCGAGUAAAAUUACAAAAGGUUUUGUCUGAGUUUAACAUCAAGAAGUUGCAGGUCAUCCAUGUUUUUAUGUCUUUAAGACAUGCUUGAAUUUUACUUAGUUGGUUGGUCUCCUCUGGUUUUAUCGAUAGAUAUAGUUGAGUAUCAUCUGCAUAGCAAUGAAAGUUUAUGGAGUGUUUCCUGAUAAUAUUGCCCAAAGGAAGCAUGUAUAAGGUAAAUAAAAUUGGUCCAAGCACAGAACCUUGUGGAACUCCGUGACUAACGUUGGUGGUUAUCGAGGCGUCAUCGUUUACAAAUACAAACUGAGAUCGAUCUGAUAAAUAGGAUUUAAACCAACGUAGUGCCGUGCCUGAAAUGCCAAUCGACUGCUCCAGUCUCUGUAAUAGGAUGUCAUGGUCAAUGGUGUCGAAUGCAGCACUAAGGUCUAACAAGACCAGUAUAGAGAUGAGUCCUUUAUCUGCUACCAUUAAGAGGUCAUUUGUAAUUUUCACCAGUGUUGUCUCGGUGCUGUGGUGUUUUCUAAAUCCUGACUGAAACUCCUCAAAUAAACAAUUAUGAUGUAGAAAGUCACACAACUGAUUUGCGACCACUUUCUCAAGGAUCUUGGAGAGGAAGGGGAGGUUAGAGAUCGGUCUGUAGUUAGCCAACACCUCUGGAUCCAGAGUGGGCUUCUUCAGGAGCGGUUUAAUGACAGUUACUUUGAAGGAAUGUGGUACGUGGCCUGUUAGCAGAGACACAUUGAUACUAUCUAAUAGAGAGCUGCCAAUUAAAGGCAAAACGUCUAACCCUUGUGUUGCCUUCGGGUCAUUUUGACCCGAUUCAAUAUUUAACCCUCCUGUCGCCUUCGGGUCAAUUUGACCCGAUUCAAUGUUUAAUGUCGGUGUUCUUUCGGGAGUCAACAAACAAACAUAAAGUACCUCACACUUAAACUUGGAAAACAAUAUUAAUUCUAAUAAUUUUCUGGAGAUUUUAAUAGCUGGGGUCAUAUUGACCUCAAGGGUAAAAUAUGUUAGUAAAUAUAAAGGUAACAGGAGGGUGAAACAUUGAAUCGGGUCAAAUUGACCCGAAGGCAACACAAGGGUUAAGCAGGCUCGUCGGAAUGGGGUCCAAGGGACAGGUAGACGUGUUAGAAGUAGAAACCGUUGACGAUAAUUGGUCACGGUUGAUGGGAGAAAAUCCAUCUAAAUAUACACCAGGGCAUACAGCGGUUUCCAAGGCCAUUCCACUUGAGGACAGAUUGGCACUUGUUAAGGGCAAGAGAUUAUUAAUCUUGUCCCUAAUAGUUAAAAUCUUUUCAUUAAAGAAGUUCAUAAAGUCAUUACCACUGAGGUCUAUAGGAAUACUCGGCUCCACAGAGCUGUGACUGUCAGCCUGGCUACAGUGCUAAAGAGAAACCUGGGGUUGUGUGGGCUAUGAUGACAAGUCUGUAUGAACUGUGUGCUAUAGACUUAAAGGAGCACAAUCCAAGUCUAAAGGACUGUUGAGAGACCUUUUCAUGUCGUUAUGCUAUUAGUGGAAAUUCUGCAUUUAAAAAUGGGCUCAAGUAUGACUGCAGAACUUUUAGCAGCAAGAUGUCCGACAUUAUCUACAAGAAAAGGCAAUAUACAUUGAAAUGCCCCAGUGAGUGUUUCAUCAUCAUACAUUACAAACAAUGUAUGCAUCAUAAAUGUUUGCCACAGAUCUUUUCUUCUCUCAAUAAAUCCAGAAGCAAACAGGA